GGUUAGGUUAUUCGGCUCCGCCCCGCCGCCGGUGCCUUGCUGGAAGCCCGGGUUCCCCCGGAAGUGGCCCGGGCCUCUCUGUCGGGGGCCGCACCACCCCGCUGCUGCUGAGGCCCACGGGGGCAGCGGCGAUGGCAGAGGCGGCGCUCCUGCUGCCGCCUGAGGCGGCGGCAGAGCGGGACGCUCGGGAAAGGCUGGCUCUCUGGGAUCGGAGACCCGACACGACGGCGCCGCUGACCGACAGGCAGAUGGACUCGGUGCUGGAGCUGAAGGCGGCGGCAGAGAACCUGCCCGUUCCGGCCGAGCUUCCAAUUGAAGACUUAUGUAGCAUAACAUCCCAGUCGCUGCCCAUUGCACAGACUUCAGUAAUACCCGAAUCUACAGAAGACAUUCUCUCGAAGGGUUUCACUUCCUUAGAAAUGGAAGAAGAAAGAAUUGAAACUGCGCAGCAGUUUUUCUCGUGGUUUGCAAAGCUACAAACUCAGAUGGAUCAGGAUGAAGAAACUAAGUACAGACAGAUGAGGGAUUACUUGUCUGGGUUUCAGGAGCAGUGUGACGCUAUAUUGAAUGAUGUAAACAGUGCUCUUCAGCAUCUGGAAUCAUUGCAGAAACAGUAUCUUUUUGUGUCCAAUAAGACAGGAACCCUACAUGAAGCCUGUGAACAGCUCCUAAAAGAACAGUCGGAACUUGUUGAUCUGGCUGAAAACAUUCAACAGAAGCUUUCCUAUUUUAAUGAAUUGGAAACUAUUAACACAAAAUUGAAUUCUCCUACGUUGUCUGUUAAUAGUGAAGGAUUUAUACCUAUGCUGGCCAAGUUAGAUGAUUGUAUAACAUAUAUCUCAUCGCAUCCAAAUUUUAAAGAUUAUCCUGUAUAUUUGCUGAAAUUUAAGCAAUGUCUUUCUAAAGCUUUGCACCUUAUGAAGACAUACACUGUGAACACACUACAAAACCUCACAAAUCAGUUACUAAAAAGGGAUCCUGCAUCUGUACCUAAUGCAGACAAUGCCUUCACAUUAUUUUAUGUGAAAUUUCGAGCUGCUGCUCCCAAAGUCAGAACUCUUAUUGAACAAAUAGAACAGCGAUCUGAAAAAAUACCUGAAUACCAGCAACUGCUAAAUGACAUCCAUCAGUGUUACCUUGACCAGCGGGAGCUCCUUUUGGGCCCUAGCAUCACUUGUACUGUAACAGAGUUAACAAGCCAGAAUAAUAGAGAUCAUUGUGCCUUGAUUCGCAGUGGCUGUGCCUUUAUGGUCCAUGUAUGCCAGGAUGAGCACCAACUUUACAAUGAAUUUUUCACAAAACCAACAUCAAAAUUAGAUGAACUUUUGGAGAAACUGUGUGUGUCAUUGUAUGACGUCUUCAGGCCUUUGAUCAUUCAUGUUAUUCACUUAGAGACUCUAUCGGAACUUUGUGGGAUUCUUAAAAAUGAGGUGCUUGAAGAUCAUGUACAGAACAAUGCUGAACAACUGGGAGCAUUUGCAGCUGGAGUAAAGCAGAUGUUAGAAGAUGUACAAGAGCGCCUCGUCUACAGAACCCACAUCUACAUUCAGACAGACAUCACGGGGUACAAACCUGCUCCUGGAGAUCUGGCGUAUCCUGAUAAGUUGGUGAUGAUGGAGCAAAUUGCACAGAGUUUAAAAGAUGAACAGAAGAAGGUACCUUCAGAAGCUUCGUUUUCAGAUGUUCGGUUAGAGGAAACAGAGUCUAAUAAUCUAAGAAAAUCCGGUUCAACAGAAUCCCUCAAUCCUAGACCGCAGACCACAAUUUCUCCAGCAGAUCUUCAUGGAAUGUGGUAUCCUACAGUUCGAAGAACCCUUGUGUGUCUUUCCAAAUUGUACAGAUGUAUAGAUAGGGCAGUGUUCCAAGGAUUAUCACAGGAAGCCUUGUCUGCCUGCAUUCAGUCGUUACUUGGAGCAUCAGAGUCUAUCAGCAAAAACAAGACUCAGAUUGAUGGACAACUUUUCUUAAUUAAGCACCUUUUGAUUCUUCGUGAACAAAUUGCUCCAUUUCAUACUGAAUUCACCAUUAAGGAAAUUUCCCUGGACCUCAAGAAAACUAGAGAUGCAGCAUUUAAAAUCCUGAACCCUAUGACUGUUCCAAGAUUUUUUAGGCUGAAUAGCAACAAUGCCUUGAUAGAGUUCUUGUUGGAGGGUACACCCGAGAUAAGAGAACAUUAUCUUGACUCUAAAAAAGAUGUAGACCGUCAUCUGAAAUCGGCCUGUGAGCAGUUUAUUCAGCAGCAGACCAAGCUGUUUGUAGAGCAGCUGGAGGAGUUCCUGACAAAGGUUUCAGCAUUAAAGACGAUGGCCAGUCAGGGAGGACCCAAGUAUACUCUUUCACAGCAGCCUUGGGCACAGCCAGCAAAGGUCAGUGACCUUGUAGCAAAUGCCUACAAGACAAUAAAAGCGAAGCUGCCUCUGACAUUGAGAAGCAUGUCAUUGUACCUAUCCAAUAAAGACACAGAGUUCAUCUUGUUUAAACCUGUUAGGAAUAAUAUUCAGCAAGUCUUCCAGAAGUUCCAUGUUUUGUUAAAGGAAGAGUUUAGCCCUGAAGAUGUCCAGAUCAUUGCUUGUCCUUCUAUGGAACAGCUGAACCUCCUACUGUCCGUUUCUAAAUAACCAGGCCAGCUGGGCUGUGCACGUCAGUGUCUGUGCGGACCGAGCGGGCUGGGAAGUCUGGCAGCCUGCAGGACGCCAAGGAACCGGAUGUGGGAGUGUCCCUGAGAACCACACAGGCGUGCUGCUCAGUGCUGACUGCAGAAUGAAAUGCAAGCAAAGUGUUUGGAAGAUUGGUGUUUCCCUUUUAAAAACAUCAAAAUGCCAAAGAUUAAUCUAGGAGCGUGAGAACUGCCUUCUUGAAAAGGUCACGAGAAUGUGAGUUUUUUAGAGGUAGCUAUGGUGGGCACACAGGGAAAUGGUUCUUAGCAAAAGAUGUGCAAUGAAACUAGGUUACAAUAAGUAGUGCGAAAAACUUUACAGAAGUACUGUUAAUGAGAAAGCUUCUACGAGGAGGGUUUGUUAAAGCGUGAAACACUGCAACACUUGGAGCCACAAAGAUUCCACAGCGGCUCUUUUUUACUUCCAGAAAUCUUAUUUCUGCACUCUAUUUAAUGUAAUGUUUCUCCUAUCACUUUGAAGUUUCGUUUGGAGUAGAUUGGGUGCAUCUGAGAACACAUUCUGCUUUCCUGGGAAUUUGGAGUGUUCUCUUUCUGUGUGUUUGAUAUGAGGUAGUUUCAAGGUGCAAGGAGCCCGUGUAAGGUCCCAGCGUCUGUACUCCUUGAAUUGCUUAGGUACAGACCGUUCAAACACAGGGGCUGGAGCCUCCUCAUAAUAGAUGUGUGCGGCAUCUUUAAUGAGAAUCUUCAUGGUACAAUAGUCCGUGUUUGUGAGUGGGAAGCACCAAUUAAGGUGUCUUAAAUCUGGCCCGUAAGGGAGAGGAGGCAGCCUGCUCAAUAGUGUAUCUCACGCAGGAAGGUUAGGGUUACCAGCUUUCUGUACACUGCCUUUGGUUUUAGUAGUUCUAGGAACAGUGAACACUUUCAUGUCCCGUAUAUUCGUUCAUUGGCUGUGCUGUGUACCAGCGUUGUGGGGCUCUAGCCCUGUCUCGGCAGGAUACAUUUUACUAACAAAGACGAGGAGGAUGAAGAUGGUCCACCCCUUAAAAUCUACCGUAUUGUAUCAGGGAAUCAUCAGAUAAAUUAUGCACAUCUAUGAGUUUGCCCACAAAAAACUAUUUCCUGAGUGGAUUGCUUUCACCUCACAUAAGCUGCUUUUUGGUCCAGAAGGAAUUUUUGAGUUAUUCAAACACUAUCCAGAGAUGGAACACUGAAGAGGGUUCUGGAAUGUAGCCAGCGGACCUCAUUCUGCAGGACUCGUGCCCUUGCAGCAGCCUCUUGCAGUGUGUAGAUAGGUUAUAUAUCCUGAUGUCUGUCACUUUAAACAGGUCACUUGUUUCUCAACUCCAUUUAAAUUGGUGAUGAGUGUGGCUUGAGAGAGCUUAAUAGUCUAUUUUGGGAAGGUAGAAGGGAAGAGGGUCCAUAUUCAUUCUUUGACAUGAAAUGAAUGAAUCAGGAAGACUGUAUUUACUUCCACUUACUAUUUUAAAUACAUGUUCAAUGAAAUAAACUGUAAAAUAGCCUGUUUUCUGUAUUAUAUGUACAUUUGAUUUUUUUAAUAGCCUUUCCAAAGAAAUGAGGGCAUGAUUAUUGUACAGUACUGUGACUGAUUUAAUUGGAUGUACAGAGCAGGCUGCAUUCUUAAGGAUAAAAAUAUUUGGUGGCACUCAUUCCUGUGUUUUGAAUCUUUUCUUUCUGAAACACUCAAACAUCUUACAAAGUGCUGAUCUUACAAAGUGCUGAGUAGGUGAUAGUGAUCCAACUUGUUGGCUAAAUGAAUAUUUGUUUAAAAUCUGUACAGUUUCAAGUGUUUACUUAUACAAAACAUGUAUAUACUUUCAAAUAAUUAACUUAAAAUGCUUUAUAUUAUUUGGCUAGAAAUUGCUGUUUUUAAUAAAUGUGAAUUUUUUAAAAAAUAAAGAUUUUUGCUUCCUACUUUGUCUUCACAUGUCUGUUGUGUGUAUGGAUUCUUUUUAAAAAUAAUUUUUUAAUUGAAAUUUUUAUUGAG